GAGAGGUCCCCUUUAAGGAAAAUUGUUUGCUGUUGCAGGACAAAGUAGGUCAGAGUGCACAAAGCUAAAUGGGAAACAAUACAUUUGAUCAAUAAAGUGCAAAAACCCAAAUAUACACAAUAUAAACUUGAAGGUGUUUUCUACAGUGUGCUUCCCUUAUUGACAUAAAUGUGGUGGACACAAAUCAAGUAAAUAUCUGCUCACAUGGAGGAUCACAUCACACUCUGCUCCUCUCCCUCAGACCUGCAGCCGUGCUCGGGCAGUGGUAACCCUCUGGAGGGAAACCCCCAGCUGGGCUGGGAGGGGCCGGGGGUCUCUUGUGUCUCCGAGCUGCAGGACUCCUGCGAGGACUCGCUUCCGCUUCUCCUGGACAGAUUCCACUCGCUGACUGAGGCCGAGAAACUGUUAGACGAGCUGACGCAGGAGAAACUGCAGGUUGAGGCAGCUUUGAGUCGGAUGCCUGGAGCCGGAGGGAGAGUGACUCUACAGACCCGGUUAGAUGAGGUGGCCUUAGAGAACCGUCUGGAGAGGCUGAAUCGACAGCUGGGAUCUCUCCGCAUGACUCUGAAGAGAUUCCACGUCCUCCGCUCCUCUGCCAACAUAUAGCAAAGUCUGUCUUUUCUCACCACAGUGUAGAAGCUACAACUUUCAUACACUGCACUGAUUGUCUGCCUGUGCCAUAAAACCAUCUGUACAAAGACUCCACACCAUCUUUUUAUACGUAUAUCUCUGGGAUAUUUUUAUAUGUCUGAAAGAUAUUUCCAUUUUUGGAGUAUAUUUUUAGAAAUGCACAGAUUUGUAAAGUCGUUUACUUUUUUAGUCACAGAAAUAUUAAUAUGAUAUGUUUUACUUGCCAUAUUCAGGUGUAGAUUUUUAAAUCUGCCAUGUGAAUGAAUAAUCAAAAAGGACUUUCCAGCAGAGACAUUCAUCCACUCGGGAAAUAUGACUGCCAUUUUAAUUAAUGUGUCAAUGAACAUUUCUGACGUUGAAGGUGUUAGUUUUAUGUUUUCGUACAUUUUUAACAUGUUUAUUUCUUUUAAGAGUCGUUUUUUUCUAUUUGCUUUGGGCCAAAUGUAUGAAACUUGAAAAAAUAAUUUGUUUACUUGAAUCAAAAUCGCCUUUUUGCUUUGUUUACUUUCCAUUACUACUUGACACUUUCCUUGCUUUAUGUUUCAUAUUUGUUACAGGACUGGACUCUCUGUAUUGGAGCUCAUUGCAAAAUCCAAACCAGCACACUUUCAGUACACACACACACACACACACACACACACACACACACACACACACAUUCUUUGUUGUUUCUCGAUCGAUGCUUGUGCAUGGAAUCUUGUGCACUGCUUACUUUUGCCAUGCAGUUUUCAACAAGACGUGAACUUCACUGGAACUAUAAUAUUGUUGUUGCACAAUAAAUUAAGAUUUUUC